AUGGCUGACGGUGCGCAUCCAGCUUAUUUAUCGCCCAGUGAGCUGGGCUCAAAAGACUAUUGGGAAUCAUACUACGCACGCACACUCGCGCACAUUUCAAAUGGCGACGCAGAGACAGACCCAAGUCCUCUCACCCAGGAGACUUCCGACGCAGACUCGGACGCCGAUGUCAACGACGAAGAUGACCCCGGCACAUCAUGGUUCUCCGAGCACAACGCCCCCGAAAAGGUCGUCCAAUUCCUGACGCGACGAUCGUUUCCACUAGCGCCGCGUAACACUCGUGCGAAGGGUCAAUCUCCGCCGUCAAUUCUAGAUCUGGGCACGGGGAACGGAAGUAUGCUUGCGCUGUUGCGGAAGAAAGGUCGGUUUGCGGGGAAGAUGGUCGGGGUCGAUUACUCGGCGAGAAGUGUGGAGUUGGCGCGCGAGUUGCAGCGAUCAAGGGGCCAUUCGGCGUAUCGGACUGAUAGUGAAGAUGAUACGGACAAGGACGAGGAUGAGGACAGUGGUGAAGAGGACGGGUUUGGAGCCGGAGAUGAAGCACCUAACGCUGCGUCACAGGGUGGAACCGAAGUUGCGCCAAUUCGAUUUGAGGAGUGGGACAUCUUGAACUCAAGGGCUCUGUUGUCUGAAACCGGGGAGAAGAUUUUGCCGAGUUCCGACUCUGAAACAUUGAGCUGGUUCCCCUAUGAAGAGGGCGGCUUCGACAUUGCUUUGGACAAGGGCACGUUCGAUGCGAUUUCGCUGGCAGAUGACGCACAAGACACACGCGUGUGUGAACGAUACCCCGAUAUUGCGCGACGGCUGGUCACGAAGGGAGGAUACCUGAUCGUGACUAGUUGCAACUGGACGGAGGACGAGCUGGUGAAGUGGUUUGCGCCUGAGACGAAGCCUGACCAGAAGGAUCACUUGAAGGUCUGGGGUCGCGUGGAGUAUCCUCGAUUCAGGUUCGGCGGACAAGAAGGACAAGGCGUGUGCACCGUGUGUUUCCAGCGUGUUUCAAAUGCUUGA